AUGUUUUAUUCACCAUUAGAUCAAUUUGAAAUAAAGCCAUUAAUAUAUAUUAACAAUAAUUAUACAUUAGGUUUAACUAAUUAUAUAUUAUAUUUAAUAAUAGUUUUAUCAAUAAUAAUAUUUUAUAAUAGUAUAAUACGUUCUUCAUAUCUUGGAUCAACACGUUGAGGAGUAGUAAUAUUAUCUAUAUAUGAUACUAUACUUAAUUUAGUAUUUAGUCAAAUAGGACGUAAAGGAGGAUAUUAUUUUCCAUUAAUAUUUAGUAUAUUUAAUUUCUUAUUUAUAGCUAAUUUAAUAUCAAUGAUACCUUAUUCAUUUGCAAUAUCAGCUCAAUUAGUAGCUGUAGUAUCUUUCUCAUUAGCUUUAUGAUUAGGUAAUGUAAUAUUAGGUUUAUAUUUACAUGGUUGAGGUUUCUUUGCAUUAUUUGUACCUGGUGGUACUCCUUUACCUUUAGUACCUGUAUUAGUAUUAAUAGAAUCUCUUUCAUAUACAUCUAGAGCUAUAUCUUUAGGUUUACGUCUUGGUGCUAAUAUCCUAUCUGGUCAUUUAUUAAUGUUAAUCUUAGGUAGUUUAAUAAUUAGUUUAAUGUCUACUAAUUUAUUAGGUUUUGUUAGUGGUAUCAUACCUAUUUUAGCUGUAGUAGCUAUAACUAUAUUAGAAUUUGGUAUUGCUAUUAUACAAGCUUAUGUAUUUAGUAUAUUAUUAUCAGGUUAUAUUAAAGAUUCUGUAGAAUUACAUUAA